CUCUCCUCCCUCUCUCUCUCUCUCUCUCACCCCCUCUCUCAGUGAUCUUCAGCUCGGUUCGGAGUGAUGAGGGGGCGCUGCAGAGUGUGAAGAUGGCCAACGCCGUAUCGUCCUACGACCAGCUCGCCCACCAGGUGGAGGCGCUCCGCAAGGAGAACUCCCACCUGCGGAGGGAGCUGGAGGACAACUCCAACCACUUGUCCAAACUGGAGACGGAGACCAGCGGCAUGAAGGAAGUGCUGAAGCAGCUGCAGAGUAAACUGGAGCAGGAGGCGGGAACCCUGGCGUCGUCAGGGAGGAGCGACGUUCUGCAUCAACUCAAAGAGCUCCACAUGGACCUCACUAAUUACUACGAACUCAAACACCAACCUCACAACCUGCGGCUGCUGCCGGACAGUCUGGGAGGGGCGGGGCUCACAGGCGCCGGAGGGGCGGGUGCAGACGGGAUUAGAGGGGCGGAGUUAGACGAUCACCUGGCUAUGCCUCUUUCCUCGUGCUCCUCCUCGUCCUCGGUCGCUGCGAUGGGUCGGACCAGGAGUCCGCUCAGAGCCGCGUGCCGUCAGAGCGCAGUGUCCGCAGGUGAGGCCGCCGCCGCCAUGCUGCCGCAUCACUUCCUGGACGGAGCCCCGCCCAAAACAGCUGUGAUCAGUGGAGCGGACGGGCGACAGAGCGACCAUCACCUGGAGGAGCUAUACAAAGAGAGGAACCUGCUGCUGGGGGAGAUCGACCGGGAGGAGAGAGAGCGCUGCUGGUACUUCAGCCAGCUGGAGGCGCUGUCGCAGAGACUGGUCCAACUGCCCCGCAUCGACACAUUCUCUCUGCAGAUGGAUCUGAUCCGGCAGCAGCUGGAAUUCGAGGCUCAGCAGGUUCGAUCUGUGAUGGAGGAACGAUUCGGCUCCAGUGACGAGAUCGUUCACAGGACGCAGAUGCGUGUUGCUCGUCUGGAGCAGCUGGAGAAGGAGCUGCAGGAGACCCGAGGGAGUCAGGAGAGUCAACUACAGCUGUCUGGAGCUGAGAAGCCCCCUGCUGGUGAACCGGAGAACUCGUCAGCAGCAGCAGGAUCAGAUGCUCCUGCAGACGGAGGCAGCAAGGUGGAGAUGGUCUUCUGGUUGCUCUCCAUGCUCGCCAACAGAGACAAGGAAGAGAUGUCCCGGACUCUUCUGGCCAUGUCCAGCUCUCAGGACAGCUGCAUCGCCAUGAGGAAGUCCGGCUGCGUCCCCCUGCUGGUCCAGAUCCUGCACGAAGCCCUGGGUGGUGGAGGUGGUGCUGGAGAGACCACGACGACAGGCGGCACGACGGGGGGCUGCAGCCGAGAGGCCAAAUCCAGAGCCAGCGCCGCCCUCCACAACAUCAUCUACUCCCAGCAGGACGAGGGCCAGGCCCGGCGGGAGAUGAGGGUCCUGCACAUGCUGGAGCAGAUCCGCACCUACUGCGACAGCGGCUGGGACUGGAUCGAGAGCCACGCCACGACGCCUUCACCUGGAGGAACCAAAACCACCGAUAUUCCGGAACCCGUGGACCCUCAGAUCUGUCAGGCCAUGUGCGCCAUCAUGAAGCUUUCCUUCGAGGAGGAGUACCGACGAGCCAUGAACGAAUUAGGCGGCCUGCAGGUGGUGGCGGAUCUGACCCACCUGGACCAUGACAUGUACGGAAUGCAGAACGAUCCCAUCAACAUGGCGCUGCGACGUUACGCAGGAAUGGCUCUGACCAACCUCACGUUUGGAGACGUCGUCAACAAGGCGACCCUGUGCUCGAAGAAGAGCUGCCUCCAGGCUCUGGUGGCCCAGCUGGCCUCCGACAGCGAGGAGCUUCAUCAGGUGGUCUCCAGCAUCCUGAGGAAUCUGUCCUGGAGGGCCGACGUCAGCAGCAAGAGAGUCCUCCGAGACAUCGGAUGCGUGUCUGCGCUGAUGACCUGCGCCCUGCAGGCCACUAAGGAGUCGACCCUGAAGAGUCUCCUGAGCGCUCUGUGGAACCUGUCGGCUCACAGCAUCGACAACAAGGUGGCGAUCUGCUCGGUGGACAGCGCUCUGGGAUUCUUGGUCAGUACGCUAACGUACCGAUGUCAGACCAACUCACUCGCCAUCAUCGAGAGCGGAGGGGGGAUCCUACGAAACGUGUCGAGUUUGGUCGCCACACGAGAAGACUACAGGCAAAUCCUCAGGGACCAUAACUGCCUCCAGACUCUACUGCAGCACCUGCGCUCCCACAGCCUGACCAUAGUGAGCAACGCCUGCGGGACUCUCUGGAACCUUUCAGCUCGGAGUCCAAAAGACCAGGAGCUGCUGUGGGACCUCGGAGCAGUUAGCAUGUUGCGCAACCUUAUCCAUUCGAAGCACAAAAUGAUAGCCAUGGGCAGUGCUGCAGCUUUAAGGAAUCUCCUCACCAAUCGACCCCUGAAAUAUAAGGAUGCUGCAGUCGUAUCCCCUGGCUCCUGCAUGCCCUCCCUCUACAUGAGGAAACAGAAGGCUUUGGAGGCGGAGCUGGAUGCCAAACACCUGGCGGAGACCUUUGACACCCUUGAGAAACAGAGCCCCAAGCACCUAACCCUCAACAAGCCACUUCGGCACAUUGAGAGUCUGGUGAAGGAUUAUGCUUCUGAUUCUGGAUGUUUUGAUGAUGAUGAGGCUCCCAACGUCUCCAGCAGCCUGGACACUGGCAGCUUCUCUAUGCUGUCCAUGUUCCUCGCCAACUCUAACUUCCUGCAAAACCAGCCUCGUAAGAGGGACAACGAACCUGAGAGAGAUGUAGAAACACAUCCGAUGAUCGAGAAGAGACAUGCACCUGCUGACGAUGUGGUAUCAGCCGCUGCAGAGAAGCUAGCAAAAAAGAUCACCAACACAGUUGCCAAGAUCGACAGGUUAGUGGAGGACAUCACCAUGCACACAUCCUCGGAGGAUAGUUUGAGCCUCAGCUCUGAAGAUCACCUGGCAGACUGGCCUUACGGACUAGAUGAUCUCAAUGAGGCAAAAUCUUGCUCCCCCUGCCGUAUGUCUGAUACAAGCAGCCUGGCCCACAGAGAACGUCUCAGCAGGGCCCACGCCCUACUGCGCCUCAAAACUGCCCACAAAAGUGUCUCAACAGACAGUCUAAAUAGUGGCAGCACCAGUGAUGGCUACUGUGGCAGCAAAGACCAGAUGCGACCUGCUCCAAGAGCCCUUAUGGUACAAAAACGACCCAACCAGCUUGAUCUUAAGGUGGCUCAUCAAGAGUACCUGAAUUUUGGACCUGUUGUCCUGACUGAGACUAACCAGCAAGAUAUUCCAGAGCGAGAUUUUGUGGACAACAAAGAUGUGACGGUUCUAGAGCUAAGCGACACAGAUUUAGAAAAGAACCAGGAUAAACCCCUACAAACACCACUCAGUGCAUCCACUAAAGUCUCCUCCGAUGUCAGCAUGACUUCAAUCAAACUGUCUCCAUCUUAUCAGCAGGUCCCUCUCAUUCAAAGUGUGGCCACGUUUGGUGUAGCAAAGACAGCGAUCAACGUCCAGGCUGCCCAAGCAAUGAGGAGGCAAGCAUGGGUACCUACGGUGAUGACUGGGGGGAGCAUUACAAAAUUCUCCCCAAUGGCAUCCACCAGAAGCCCAACCAUCGCCACGAUGGAGACAGUCCAGAAAUACUCAGUAGAGAACACACCAAUCUGCUUCUCCCGCUGCAGUUCACUGUCCUCCCUCUCUUCUGGUGACGGGGCACUGGAUGGACAAAGUGAAAAUGAGCUGGAGAGCGACUCGUCUUUAGAAAUUAUUGAAGUGGAGGAUGGAGAAGUGGUGAAGAGAACUGAAGAGGAUGAAACCUUGGAGGAUCUGAGCGACAGCCAGCUGCUGAUGACUGACUCUAAAACCUUCCCAAGCAAAGAGACGGAGCCUAUUGAGAUCCCCCGUCCUGCUAAAAGGGAAAAGGUUUUCCUUAGAGGAGCUUCACCGGCUGUACUUGAUGACAGAUCUCCAUCUAGUUCAUCUGAGAAUUACAUCCAUGAGACACCCCUGGUAAUGAGUCGCUGUAGCUCAGUCAGUUCCCUGGGCAGUUUUGAUUCUCACUCUAUAGCCAGCUCAAUCCAAAGUGAUCCAUGCAGUGAGAUGAUUGAUGGGACAAUUAGUCCCAGCGAUCUUCCCGACAGUCCAGGGCAAACAAUGCCACCAAGCCGAAGUAAAACUCCAUGUUGUGUUGAGUCGAAUGGACCAGAAACACAGACCACAGGAAUAGCUGGCCAGUGGGAAAGUAGCCUGCGAAAGUUCAUGGAGAUCACAGACUCGAAGGAAAGGUUUAAUCUUCCUCCUGAUCUGGACACAAUGAUCUACUUCACGGUGGAAAAACCAACUGAGAACUUCUCUUGUGCUUCGAGCUUAAGUGCUCUGCCUCUCCAUGAACACUACAUACAGAAAGACGUGGAGCUGAAGUUGACCCCCCUGCUCCAGCAAAAUGACAAAGAUCUUCCGUUCCCUGAUGAGGAUGAGCACGGACUCGACCACGGGGAAAGAUACAGUGAGGGCAACUCAGACGAUGACAUAGAAAUCUUAAAGGAAUGCAUCAACUCAGCAAUGCCCUCCAAGUUCAGAAAAGUAAGACCUUCCAUGAUGACCACAAUCCCUUCUCAUAUUCUCAAUUCCCGAAAACAGAUUAGUCUUCCUGUGUACAUGAUUCUCCCGAAUGGCAAAACACAAAUAUGUCCUGGAAGGAGAAUUGUCAUCCCACAAAAGGACUUCAAAUUUGACGAUUCAUCCUUCACUGAUUCUGCAGAAGGUACACCUGUUAACUUCUCCAGCACAACAUCGCUAAGUGAUGAAACACUUCAGUAUCCAGUGAAAGAGAGGGGGGCUAAGGACUGCACAGCUAAAGGUAUGAACAAACACGAAGUGCUCGACGAUGAGGAAAAGAGGAUUGAAGACUUGAGGAUAUUCUCACACUUCCACAAACCCAACAGGAUGAAUUACCCACCUGAGAUCCAAAUGAACCGAACCACCAAACAUGUCAUUCCCACUCAGAGGGUCCUGAUGCAGAGCAAAGAAGUGGCUGAUAGGGUGGCGAGCCAAAGAAAUCGUGAUCAUUCUCCAAACCAACAAAAGAAGAGGCAAGGUCAAGGCACUGUCAGAAAACUGGAACUGCCUGUCAUAAAGCAGAACACCGAAGGGAACCUUAAUGUGGGAUCACAAAGAGGAAACACAAUAUAUCGACAGACGACGCAUUCUUCAGAGGACAGUAACAGCUUCUAUGAUGACAAUAAUGAAAUUGAUGAAACAAUGAAGCGAACAAGUAGAAGACAGAUCAGGGAAGUGAGUAGAAACACUCUCUCCCGGAGUAUGACCAAUAUUGGCAGGCUUGAUAAUUCCCAAUCCAAGCCCAGAGGAUUUAACAGGAUUAAACAGAAUCUGGUGAAGGAUGAGUCUCUGGGAUGUUACUCACUCAGCUCCUCUCUUAGUUCACUGAGUGAUGCAGAGUUUGAGGAUCACAAAUCAAAAGCCCAACAAAUAUGGUACAAAAACAGACACAACAAAACACUGAAUAUGAUGCAACAAACAAAGUCGAUGACCAUUCACAGCCAGUAUGAAGAGCAAAGUUCACCAAGCUCCGUCAGCAUGGAUUCAGAGGAUGACCUCCUUCAGAAAUGCAUAACGUCUGCCAUGCCCAAGCAGAGGAGGAGGCUUGCUGCCAGGAGGAAGAAAGCUGAAAAUACUCAGAAACAAAAAGCAUCUGAUCUUUGGAACAUGGAUGAGGAAAUGGAUAGUGAUGACACGGCAUGGGACAGAGACUCCGACCUCAACAGUGUUGAAUGGAGAGCCAUUCAGGAAGGUGCUAAUUGUGUUGUCAGUGGGCUGCAGGCAUCCAAGUCUCAAGAUCCAUCCUCUGAGGAGACGGAAUCAGUCCUGUCAUUCAUGUCAACCUCCAGCUUUACACCCAAAGAAAGGAAGUUUGCUAAAGACAAAAAGGCCAAUAAACCUUUAGACUUCGCACAACGCAAGCCAGUUCCAAACUUACCUGUGGUUUUCAGAGGCAGGACAGUGAUCUAUACACCAAAAAAAGAGACAUCUCCAUCACAAAUACCUCCGCCCAGAAGAGUACCAACAAAGACAGAUGCUCCAAAGAACCCAAAUCUUGCUCAGCACAGAUCAAAGAGCCUUCACCGACUGGGCCGUCCCCAGGACAUAGAACUGUCUUUGCCAAAGAGGAGCUCUACUCCACCUCCAAGGAUACCAAAAAGUUCAUCCUCUGGAUCGUCACAAAGCUCUACACCCUCCAAACAGAGUCAGAGGAAGAUAACAUCGCCAAUUCAGACAAAUAAACCCAUCCAGAAAAAGAACGCCACACCGGCUAGUAGUCCACCGGCUAGCAGUCCCCCUGAAAGGAAGGGACGAUCUCCUGUUGUGAAUCAAAAUGAAAGAUCACCACCACCUAAAACUCAGAAGUCACCUGUCCGAAUCCCUUUCAUGCAAAGUUCAGGCAGACAACCCAGACCUCUGUCACCACUAGUGACUCAUCAAACAACCACCAGACAAACCAAUCAGGUCAAUGGGAAAAGGGUUCUACCCCCCAAUCGAUUUGACCUUGUUAGGAUGACUUCUGUCCACUCAAGUGGUGGCGAGACUGAUCGCAGUGGAUUCUUGAGACAGCUGACUUUCAUUAAGGAAUCAAAGACUGUGCUGAGACGUGAUGGAUCUGUCCGCAACAUGCCUGGAUCCCAGAAUGUAUCUCCCCGCAGAGCAGUUCCUGGAGCUUCAGCUGUCUUCCUUUGCUCAUCCCGCUGUCAGGAACUGAAGUCAGCUGUGCAAGGCCCAAGAAGGGUGCAGGUCAAAGGUCCAGGACAAGCACAGAUAGUCCACAGACCAGACUGUUGCCUUCAGAAGCAGUCUACAGCCCUCUGUAGAGCAACUUCUAGUGAAAGGGAUCUAUCAGGCAGACGUCAAGCCAGGAGGACUAGCUCGGAAAGCCCCUGCAGGGUGGCUCAGAGAACUGGGCCUGGCAGGGUGUCCGGAGUCAGGCAGCAACAAGACAAAGAUACCUUUAAACGUCACGCAUCAUCACCAAGCAUAAAUAUACUGAGCCGAGUGACCAGCCGUUCUUCCCUCCGCUCUUCGUCAUCUGAUUCAAGUGGAAGAGCGAAGAGCGAGGACGAUACAAAGAAGAAAGGGCAGCGAUCCUCAUCUCGGCUGAAUGACAGAGUAACCUGGAGGAGAAUCAGGGAUGAAGAUGUAACUCAGAUCUUGAAAAGCACCCUGCCAGCUAAUGCAUUACCUCUGGUGCCUUCUCCUGACGGGGAAAAGCCAAAGCUGCCAGCUCUUCCAGGAAAACUGCCAACCAUUCUACUUGCAUCUCGCAAGACAAGUGACGCAACCGUCCAGACAGAAGAUUUUACCAAUAACAAGACCAACUCGAGCACCUCUCCGACGGUCGAAACUGCGCCGGAAGUGGCACUUUUCAGGAAGAUCAGUGCAACCCCAGGGAGUAACCUCCAGGAUGGUGAUUCAGACGGUUCCCUGAGGGGCCACAGCACCAGAUCUACAGGAACAUCAGACAGCCACGUGGGCGGAGUUGUUCAUUUCCGCCACGGUUCCCCAAGCAAGGCUGUCCGAGUCACCCCGUUCAACUACACCCCCAGCCCCAUAGCCUGCUGCCUGCAAGACGCACAGAGCCAAGCUGCCACAAUCAACGAGAAGUCAGGGGAGAAAAGUGAGUCGUAGGACGUUUGGUGAAUUACAGGACGACUCCAUUGUGUUCCUGAUUCAAACUCUCAAACACUCAGGUGGACAGAUGAGGAGUGUGCUGGUCCCUAUACCUCGGAUAUUGACCCUUUACUUUCCCCAUUCACUCCAUUCAAGUUUGAUCAUAGCUUCCAUUCGUACAGGGUUGGAUGUAUGAAUCAAGACAGGUCGGACAUGAACGGACCCACAAUAACUUUUAGAGAUGCACUUCAGAGAAAAGUCUCCCCUGAAUAGGAAGUGCAUCUUUUUGUACUUUUUUGUAUUUGUAGAAUAUUCAUUGCCUGGUAGAAGUGUAGUGAAAAUAUAAAGCAAAAGACAAUGAACUUGAUUUCAGCACAUGAAUCACCAUCGGUCUCCAGGACAGAAUCGAUAACAAGAACAAUAUUAUGCAAACGUUAGAGUGAAAGCUCAGCUUGACUUUCACAAACUGUGGCCAACUGUUGUCAGACUUUCACAAAGGACACAAACACACCGACAUGUAAAGUAUUUUUUACAUCAACGCCUCAUCACUCAAUGUGAGACACUGUUAACAUUUCCAGAGUCCAACUUGGUCAGAGGGAAGAUUUUUGAUAGAACAUUCCUUCGAAUUAUUUGCAUUAUUACUUUGAAAUUAACCAGUUUUCUUUGGAUCGUGGGCUGAUGUUGUGUUUUCACUUUCACACGAUAACAGGAGAAAAACUGUUUACUACUAUUUAAAUGUAGAAGUAGCUUAAAACCUUUGCGAAGCUACAGGUAGAUGCACAAGCAAGAAGGAAAAAGAACAACUACAUUAUUUAGGAUAGAUAUUAAAUUUAAAAUAACAAAUUAUACUCGGUUAAGAACAAACUACCAACUCCAGGGUAGAUGUAGACGAAAUGGAAUAAAGUUCCAGGGGGGGGGUUGUUUUUAACUAAUCCAGAAAAUUAAAUAUUGUACAAAAUAUGCCUCAAUAUUAUUGAGAGCAGUUUAUAAUCUCAGUUAAUAGAGUCCUGUCCAACCUUAUAUACAGAGAUGUGAUGAGUAUCAUUCUCACUCUAUUAGUAUGAGGGGAUGAUUCAUGAAGAAUCUUCACGCUGACCCCUGCUGGACCGUUUCCAUCACUGCAUUAGUAAAUAUUACAGCGGAUACUGUUAUUUUUCAACCUUUUGUUCCUCUGUGUCUUAAUCCGUGUUGUAAAUAUCAUUCAUAUAUACAAAACCUUCCAAGCUUCCCAGUGUUGCUCCCUGACAGCAUGCUAAUAUAUUCACUGACUGCAAACACACUGGAUGACAAUGAUGUCGUUACUCCGCGGUAACGAGAGCAUUACUACAAAUCUGUAUUAUUGUGCAGCAAAGACCUAUAAUGCUAUAAAGUGUCCGUGUUAGAUGAACAAAGCGACAACGCGCCUCGUUGGAGUAUUUCCUGUUAGGAGAUGAACAGAUGAUUUGAUUGGAUGAUGGUCGGGCAGGUGUGUGUCCUCUGGAAGUCUCUACAAACGUGUUAAUAUCUGCUUUACUGUGUUGCUGUAAAAGUAGCGGUAGGUGGAGAAGAAGUCGAACAUUAAUACGAUGAAUAUUCUCUGUAGUUGUACCCUCACUCGUCCAUGUGUGCUCGGAGACAAAGACAGGACAGACGUGAAUCUACUCUGAGGGGCUGUUUGACGUUCUGUAUUUACCUGUUGUUUCCACAGCAUGUUUUCAAUAUGAAGAAAACCAAGUUCCUUUAAAAACAAACCGUUCAGAUCCGUCUUCAGGUCAUUAAGACAGAAAGACACUCAGACGUUACACAUGAGCUCAAAUAAGAGUCAAAGUGUGUGUUUGUGAAAUGAUGACAUUCAAAGUCUGUGGUUGUUUCUCACAUUAAAGUUGUUUUCAGUCUGAAAAUGUUCCUGACAUGUUCCUGACGUGUUCUGGAGGUUCUGGAUGUGAAAACAUGUCUGAGUCAGUGUCUCUGGACAUGUUCUGGAUCUUCUCCUGCAGCCUCCUAGUAAAAUGUCUGUAACAUGUGAGAGUGAGUCCAUGUGAGGAGACAGCAGGACAAUGUGUGGUGUGUCAAUUUGACAGUGACUCGUAGCUGGAGCCACAACAACUUAUGGUUUAAUCAAUUCAUCGAUUGACAUACAGCCGUGUGAUGAGCUGUUCUUUAACAUAUGAACUCAAAUAAAUUCAACAAAAUGAAAUAAAAUGUAACAUUUAACAACAUUUUUACACAUUUACAAACACGUUUCUGAUUUGUUCACAGGUUUAAAGGUGAUAAGAAACUUUCUGAUCAUUUCACAAACUUUUUUUGAUCUUAUUGAAGCUCAUGACUGAAAGUUGAAUUUCUAAACUUUGCAGCCGUGUAUUUUAUACUCGGACAGAUUGUUGGUGAAAAUCCUUUUAACAGCCCCGAUAAGACGAAACAAUGAAAACUGUGUGACUGAGACGAACGGGGAAUCAAGCUCCAUCAAAAGGUCCCGAAGUUUGUCCACGUCCCCGUCAGCGUCCUCGUUCACACCCGGCUGAGAUCAGGCUCUUCAUUCAAUCACUUUAUCAAAGUACUGCAGGUGAAUUUGAACUCUCGGUACUUUGAGUUCACUCAAAAACUGAAUGUUGGACUUUUGAUGGCUCCUCAGCCGACUGAGAUUCUUUACAUUCAUUUUUUUUGUCUGCAACAGGAACAUUAACUCUGAGGGACAUCACCUUGAACGUCUCAAAAUUGUCAAAUAUUCAUCAUUGACUGAGGAAAUAAAUGAUUCUGUAUUUAUUAAAUCUAAUAAAUAGAUCUCAGCCCUUUGUGUGUGAAUGAGGCCGCAGACGUGACGGUGUCAUGUGAAAUAGGCAAAGCAACAGACGUGUGUCAUUAUAUAUGUUUUCAUCUAAUAAAGAGUGACGUGUUUCAUUA